ACGAUCUCGAACCGUAUAAAUUUUAUCCAGUCUCAUAUUGAACUGACCUGACUGCGACUCCAUUGCGACUCUUCCGGAGUCCAGAAAAGCCUCAACUCUUUGAAAGAACAUCAACGCCCACGCUGCCUGCUGAUACUUGGAGAGGGAGCGGGAACACACAGAUAUAUCUUUCCGCAAACUCCCUCAAUCUCCUUCAAUGUCGCCAAAUUCCAAAUUCCAGCAUCGGGGUUUACUAUCCACCAAAUCUAUGGCGUUUGAAUCACAGUCGCAGAACGGCGUUGGUGUUUUCGAUGAUAUUUCAUUCGGCCUCGCGAUGCUUCCCAAACAGCUUGAAAUCAAUAACAACACUGAAUCCCCCUUCGAGCUUCGCUUACGCCUUCCGGAUCCCAGCCUUGCCAUUAAAGACUUCUUUAGGACUAGAGAAGUUGCUGAGUUUGUUAGUGGGGCCAUGGCAGGGGCUAUGACAAAAGCUGUGCUUGCUCCUCUCGAGACAAUCAGGACAAGAAUGGUGGUUGGUGUUGGAUCUAGAAACAUUGCUGGUAGCUUUAUUGAGGUCGUUGAGCAGCAAGGUUGGAAAGGUCUAUGGGCUGGAAAUGCAAUCAAUAUGGUUCGUAUAGUUCCUACGCAGGCAAUUGAACUGGGAACAUUUGAGUGUGUAAAACGAGCAAUGACAUCAGCACAGGAGAAAUGGAGUAAAAGUGAACAUCCAAGUAUACAUAUUGGCCCUGUCACUUUACAUUUUUCGCUCUCCUGGAUUUCUCCUGUUGCUGUGGCUGGUGCUGCUGCUGGUAUUGUUAGCACUCUUGCAUGCCAUCCGCUUGAAGUUUUGAAGGAUCGCUUGACAGUCAGUCCUGAGGAUUAUCCUAAUUUAAGCGUUGCAGUUAGCAAGAUUUACAACAGUGGUGGCAUUGGUGCAUUAUAUGCGGGUAUUUUACCUACACUGGCUGGUAUGCUUCCAUACAGUACAAGUUAUUAUUUCAUGUACGAGACGAUGAAGAAAACAUACUGCAUAAAAAAGAAGAAGAAUUCUUUAAACCGUGUAGAGAUGCUUCUGGUUGGAGCUCUUGCAGGUUUCACAGCGAGCACAAUCAGCUUUCCUUUGGAGGUGGCAAGAAAAAGACUGAUGGUGGGAGCUCUACAGGGCAAAUGCCCACCCAACAUGGCAGCGGCAAUUUCUGAAGUGAUUCGGGAGGAAGGGCUGAAGGGACUCUACAGAGGAUGGGGUGCUAGCUGUUUGAAGGUCAUGCCUUCGUCUGGCAUCACCUGGAUGUUUUAUGAGGCCUGGAAGGACAUGUUACUGGCGAAUAAGAACAUCCUAUGACGUUGUCUCUUUCUUUUUCCUCUUGUUCGCUUUUAAACCGAUGGACGUGUGGUUGGACCAUCUACGGUCUCAGUCAUGCGAAAAUUGCAUGUCCGUGGGUGGUAAUACAAUAUGAACGGCUCGGGAUUAAAUGCUUUAUCUUAGGCAGCUCUGCGCAAGGGCAGGUUGAGGACAAGUCUCACUCGUACUGGUGAGCUUCAAUUUUGGUAUCUUAAAUGCACCCAUACUUCUGGUCUGCCCACUGUUGUAUUGAAUAAAGGAAUUAUGAUUGAAUAAGUUGUCCUUUGCAGA